UUUAGUUUUAAAAUUGUUGUAGUUUAAAUAAGUUAUAUUGAGUUAGUUAACGAUUUAUACGUUCUUAAUUAUAUUUAUAUUAAAAUGAAGAAUACACACGAUGAAAGUGAAAUACAAAAUUUUUUUAGGAAUACUAACGUUUUCCUUACGGGCGGAACUGGAUUUAUUGGUCAAGUUUUAUCUGAAAAACUGUUAAGAUCGUGUUCCAUUAAACAUUUGUAUUUGUUAACAAGAUCAAAAAAAGGAAGAGACCCUCAAAGUCGCUUGAAUAAAAUGUUUAGUAGUUCAUUGUAUCAACGAUUGUCAAAAGAGCAACCUGACUUUAUUAAUAAGAUCACAUUAGUUAUUGGUGAUUGUAAUGAACCUAACUUAGGCUUAUCGCCUAGCGACGAAGAAUUAAUAAUACGUCAAGUUAAUAUUGUAUUCCAUUGCGCCGCUUCGAUACAUCUUAACGGACCUCUUCAACAUUUAACAUUCACAAAUGUCAGAUCAACUAGAGACUUACUAGUUAUAGCAAAAAAAAUGACUAACUUAAAAUCAUUUGUUUACGUAUCAACUGCUUUUGCAAAUACAAAUCAAGAAAUCAGUAAAGAAAUUAUUUACAAGUGUCCAAUGAAAGGCGAAACGUUAAUCAGUAUGGCUGAAACAAUGUCAGAAUCGUUCUUGAAUUCAAUAACAAAAGAAUGUGUUGGAACGUGGCCUAAUACCUAUACAUUUUCAAAAUGUAUAGCAGAAAACCUAGUUCAAGAAUACGGUAAAAAUAUGCCAAUAACUAUUGCUAGACCAUCAAUAGUUGUUUAUACUCACAAAGAACCAAUUCCAGGAUGGUUUACAAAUUUACAAAGUGUUCCAGGUCUUGUAUUAGGAGUAGCAUUGGGCGCGAUACAUGUAAUGCUUGGUGAUCCAAAUGCGCGUGCUGUUAUAGUUCCAGCCGAUAAGGUGGCGAAUAUGAUUAUGUCAUGUGCUUGGUUUGGUUCAAAAAUAAGAAAUGAAGAAACACCUAUUCCAGUAUUCAACUACGUACCCAAUAAUAUGGCACCUCCUUUGUCAUACGGACAAUGUUUUAAAAAUGUUGUAGACUAUAUAGAAAAAUAUAAUAUACAUUCGACAAAAGUGGUAUGGAUUCAGUUUAUGACGGUCACUAAAUCAAAAUUUUACUAUAAUCUACUAUUUUUUUUGUGUCAUUAUUUGCCAGCUUUUUUUAUAGAUAUAUAUUUAUGGAUUAGUGGAAAAAAGUUGAGAGUAACACCGCUUUAUUCAAAACUUGAUGCAAUGUUACGUGAAAUGGGAACGAAUUUUGCCUGCAAAUCUUUUAAAUUUGAUGAUACAAAUUUAAAAAACCUCAUUUCGUGUCAAAAUGAUUACGACAAACAACUGUUCGAUAUGGACUUGUCAAAUAUAAAUUGGCAUGACUAUUUCCUCAAUUGUAUUUAUGGAGCUCGUAGUUAUGUAUUGAACUAUUCGGACGACGAAGCAGAAGUGGCCGCGAAAAAAUAUCAAAAAAUGAAGGUUGUUUACCGUAUAACAAAAGGAAUCAUGUAUUUAAUUAUAUUUUAUUUAUUAUAUAAAAUGUUUUAUGUUUUACUGUAAAAUUAUAAUUAAAUAAUUUAAUUGAUUAAAAUCUACUAUUUAGUAAAAA